AUGCCCAAAGGAAACGACCGGGACGACAAUCAAAACCAAGGUUCUUCCAAAAUGCCCCACGAUCGUGACUGGACCGAUGAGAGUAACCCCUUCGUCGCCUUCCGACGCUUUGCCGACGAGCAGGUCUCAUCCGUGCUACAAUCAAUCACUGGGCUUCCAUCCUCACUUUCCCCGCCCCAGCACGACCGUUGGACCAUAUUCACCGAUGACAAGGGCUACGGGAGUAUGAAAUACCGUCACCGAGAUGGCGCCGAAAACGCGGGGGACCGACUCUAUCCAUCAGACCAGGGUGCAGGGACCAACCCUCCAGCAGGUGACAAGGACGAGCCGGCUUCAGACAAGAACGAGAAACUUGUCACGCGACCAUCGCAAUCUCGACAACUGGGGACAGACCAGAACCAGCAAGCGCGCAGGAACAUUCACCACGGACCCUCCGACUUUUUCGGUAUCGAGUCUUUCUUCGAUCUUUUCGAACACGAUUUCCUUCCUUUCUCAUCGACCCCUACUCCCCCCCUACUGCUGGAGCGCCAGGCUCAUUACCGCGCGCGUCGCGAAGGCGGUGUCUUUUCCUCGAUCAUGUCUACACUUCGAUCGGAUGCUGAGCGUGACCCGACUGAGCCACUGUGGCGCGAGGCAUUCGAAGACUUGCUCCGGUUGGAGAACGGGAAACCUAUGCUUGACCGUGAUACGUCGACGGCCGGCAAGGCUGAGAAUGGAGCAGAAUGGCUUCAUGGCCUGGUCAGGCGAGGCAGUUUGGGCGAUCGGUGGAAAUACGUGACUGGCUCAGACAGUCAUCCUUGGACUGGUAUUACUUUUGAUACUAGUCGCAACGAGAAUACUCGUGUUUUGCCCGAGAAGCCUGCCGAAUCCCAACAGAAUGGCGAAAAAGCUGAGAGCGAGUUGGACGUAUAUGACCGCUUCUUGCAAGAUAUUGAGGCCCGCGAGCGUGAAUUCCUCGAGAGUGUCCAAGAAAGUCCUCUCCUCCGUCUGCUUUUGGAUGAGCGCCGUAAAGAGCAAGACGCGCCUCAAAACUACCAGCACGGCUUCCCCAGCGUCGAAGACAAACAAGGUGAUGAUGAUGACGAAAGUUGGCUGGAUCUUGUCUCUGGUGGCAAUCGAAAAUCUGUUCCGGAAUCACCACCGGAGCCAACUUCGAUAUCCGAGGCCAAACCAGCACGCGUUGUAUCAACGAUGAGUCGGACAGAACGUAAGCGUCUUGCCGAUGGCUCUGUGCAGACUACAAUUGUCAAGACUAAGCGGUACGCCGAUGGCCGCGAGGAAACUGAUGAAUCCGUUGAGACGACCCAACCGCUGUCAGGGGAGGGACAGUCGGCUGAAGACAAUAAGUCAAAAGGCGGCUGGUUCUGGAAGGACUGA